AAACAUCUUGGUGGACAAACCCAAUGACCAGUCCUCCAGGUGGUCGUCUGAGAGCAAUUACCCUCCACAGGUAACGUCUGCUGUGUCCCGCCCACAUAGAUACCUGUCUCAUACAUACAACAUCUGUGUUCUCAAUUCACUGGUGGCUGCAAAAUAGUAGCGCCUACCUGGUUGUUUAGCAACAAAACCGACGCGUGUUCAACUAUGGGGCAAAACAGACUGAGUUGGCUUAGAUUGUUGACAACAUGUAAACUAUAUUUAGUCUCCAGUGUUUAUUAAAAACAUAAAUACAUUUGCACAAUGAGCACUUGUUGUCUCUCAAGUACAUAGUUACAGUUUUUGGUUAGCUAGCUAGCGAAUUUGAGCCAUUUUAGUAUUGACGUGAAAUCAGUCAAAACACCUCAAAACAAGACAUGUUAUCAAGAACAAGAUGAAACUAGCUGAAACGAGUCACUUACGAUUCCCCACAUGGCAGUUUCUUGUCAUUGUUGGUAGCUAUCUGGCCAUCCACAAUCAUAACUCACUGACCUCUGCACCAUUGAAGCGUGCGUUGUCAGCUAACCCAUGUACAGGAUGCACGUCUUGACCCAAUGACUUGCAUUUGCACUUUUAUGAAUAGAAAGUGGCCCAGCGCAGUGUGUUUGACUGUCUUGUGGUUACAGCCAGAGGAAAUUGAAAGUUUGUUUUUGCAGGAAGAGGAAACUAAGCAUGUCAGUCUUAACAACCCAAGCUAGACAUUCAAGUGUGGCAGAGGCAAAACUCCACUGCAUCUGUUUACGUCAAAUACUUUUCACUCUAUAAAAAUGUUGAACUCUCAUCAACCCCUUUUAUCUUUUCAAAGAGAGCGAGGUUGUGGAAAGGUGAAACCUUGAAAAUAAGUAUACUGAAUAAAUAAUAAAGCCUUAUCCCAUAAAUCACCCCAUUGCAAAGCUUAUUUUCUUUAUUCAAUAAAUGAAGACGGCCCUUUUCAUAUAAAUGUUUUAUAACAGUUUCCGUGGCAACAAGAAUCAACAAAGCAUUGAGAUACGGGUCGUUCAUUAUCAAGUGUGCCAUGUAUUUAGGUGACAGGUCAGGACUAUUUUGAAAAAGCAAGAUCGAUAUACCUAAGCCUAGGAAUAAUCCCUCUGUGUUAAAUCUACCCGCAAAAUGUCUGCCGUAUUAUUGAUGAAAACUGUUGAAGAUGAAACUGUAUCAGAGGACCCAUUAGUAAGCCUAGCAGAUGCACUCUGGUGUUUUAUUGUUCACUUACACAACCAUUUAAACCUACAGGACAUGUAGAAACAUGGGUCUCCAGGGAUUGUGGGUUGCCUGGUUUCCGGAAAGCAGAUUUAAUCGAUGUUCAAUCUGUGCUGCUCUGUCCCCUCAGUCUCUCCCAGAGGGCUCAGCCCAGUGACCUGUCCUGUCGGCAGCAUAUAUGCCCAGGCUAGUUACCACUCCAAUGACCUGUAAACAUGUCCCAUAGUUUGAUUGUGCAGCAGCUCCUAUACACAGUAUUUCUCCUCUGCUGUCUGUGCCAUCUGCAGUGUUGUGUAACAUGUUAGAAGAGCAGUAGAAUGAAAACUGUGGUGUCAUGUUUUGCUUAUAUAUGGAUCAGAGACUGCUGAUCAAAUUCUCCCCUCUAUUUUGCACUCUGUUUUCCCUCCAGUACUUAUUGUUGAAAAUGGAAAGGCCUGCGAUCGUUCAGAGCAUCACCUUCGGGAAGUAUGAGAAGACUCACGUGUGCAACCUGAAGAAGUUCAAAGUGUUUGGUGGGAUGAGUGAAGAGAACAUGACAGAACUCCUGUCCAGGUGAUGGGCAGAGGGACAGUGAAGUGUAAUCCUUUACUGUAUAAAUAACCUACCUUACUCUAUCUGUACCUUAUUUCUUUUAUUUUUCUCUUCUAUUCCUCUGCAGUGGCCUGAAGAAUGACUACAACAAGGAGACCUUCACCUUGAAGCACAAGAUUGACGAACAGAUGUUUCCUUGCAGAUUUGUUAAAAUAGGUGAGUUUGGAAAUGGCUUGGGCCUACGUGUUGUACAGACUCUGUCCAGUUUGAAAAUGAUUGGAGUGAGGGAAUGCUACAGGGCUAGAGAUGGAAAUAAGUCAAAAUGGCGAAAUAGUUAAUGACUUAAAUUAUAGACCAUUCUCUCUGUCUCUCUCGCAGUGCCUCUGAUGUCUUGGGGGCCCAGUUUUAACUUCAGUAUCUGGUACAUUGAGCUGCAUGGCAUUGAGGAACCUGAUGUAGUUCAGCCCUGUCUUAACUGGUACAGCAAGGUGAGCCUGCCUCUGAGACACACACUCACAUACACAGUUGGGGUUAAGGGAGAGAAUCAGUCUGAGUGGAUUACUUAAGCAAUAAGGCCCGCGAGGGUGUGGUAUUUGCAGAGUGCCUGGAUACAGCCCUUAGCCAUGGUAUAUUGGCCAUAUACUACAAACUCCAGAGGUGCCUUAUUGAUAUUAUAAACUGGUUACCAACGUAAUUAGAGCAGUAACAAUAAUAUUUUGUCAUACCUAUGGUAUAUGGUCUGAUAUACCACGGCUGUCAGCCAAUCAGCAUUCAGGGCUCGAACCACCCAGUUUAUAAUAUGAAGUAUAACAUUUGUGAUGAAAAACAUUGAACAAAGAUGGAGGAGAUAUUACAGUGAGCGUGUCCCCUCCCAUUCCCUUGGCCCUCCCCCUGUGCUCCUCUAGUACCGGGAACAGGAAGCGAUCCGCCUGUGCCUGAAGCACUUUCGGCAGCAUAACUACACAGAGGCCUUUGAGUCGCUGCAGAAGAAGACGCGCAUCGCGUUGGAACACCAAAUGCUGACACACCUUCACGACCGCCUGGUGCUCCGGGGAGACUUUGACGCCUGUGAGGAGCUCAUCGACAAAGCCGUCAAAGGUCGUGACACCCACACCUCCUCAGACACAGACCGAUGGAGGCUGGACCUACUGCCCUGUACACAUCAACUGCAAUACAACUACAUGACCUCAAUCAUCAUACUAUCUACAGAUGUCUACCGUCCCAUCACUGAGGACUUAGCUCAGCUUAUAUUUAGCUCAUAGAUUUAGUGGAUACUAUAGACAUUAUUAAUUAUUUACACUAUAGACCCAUCUAUCUGUACAUUACCUUUUCAUUUUAUCAGAUUUAUUUGAAACCUCAGGGUGUGGCAAUGUCAUCCUGACAGCACGCUUUCUUUUGAGAUUGAAAAGGUAACAAAAUUAUUCACUUCUAGUUCCUGGCUAAAAUAAUCUGGACCAUCUUCCUGUGUUUGACCAUCUCCUCUGUAGACGGUUUAUUUAACCAGUACAUCAGCCAGCAAGAGUACAAGCCAAGAUGGAGUCAGAUUAUCCCCAAGAGUAACAAAGGUACAACCGCCCAAGAGCCAAGCCCAGACGACAUGAACAGUGAGACAAACUACUCAAGUAGGAAAUGUUUUCUUAUUAACAAAAUGCUAUGGUACGCUGUACACUACCGCUCUAUUGUGAUUCAUUCAUGUUUUUCCCCGUCCCCCUUUCUCUUCUGCUCCUUCUCCAUUCCCCCUCAACAUUCCAACCCUCUCCUACAUUUUAUUCCCUCCUUUCCCUCAACCCCUUUCUCUCGCUCUCCCGCUCCAUCUCUCUCUCCAGGUAAUGAGGAUGACAACAGACCAGGGAUGAGGGGAGGUCAUCAGAUGGUCAUCGACGUUCAGACAGGUGAGGCAUGCUGGCUAACACCACACCUAGACAACACCCCCUAUAAUGUCGGCCAUUAUUUCCACUGGAAUUCUCCUCUUCAAAUUUGUUUUACAAACUGGCCUUAAAUGCCCCCACCAGAGGGCAAUGCCACCUCUAUUUCAAUGUAAUUCCUGUCCGAUAGUGGACAUUUACGUUUAUGUGCCACCUCCGAAGAAUGACGCAGGCUACUAAUACAUAUUCACGAAUUGGGGGUGGGUACGUUGUGGGUGUUUUCCACGUGGAGUGGAAAGUAAACAACAAGUAGGGUACUGAAAGCUGUCAGUGUACCUAGCUAGCAUGCUAACCUUAUCUGGCUAACUAAUGUUAUCUGUUGCUACACUGUAUUCAAAAGAUUAGCCAGCUAGGCUAUGGCUGGUUCUGGAGCUGGAUUUGUCAUAAGCAUGUAGGGAAAAUGUUGCCACAGACGGACAGGGGAAACCAGUGUCUUUGACUUUGCCAUCUAUUGUUAUCUCCGAAGUUUUGGCAUCUUUCAUAAGAUCCGCCAUAUAAGAUGAAGCUCCGGUAAUAUGGAUAGCCUAACUAUCAGGGGCGCAACUUUCACUGGGGACGGGGGGACAUGUCCCCCCCACAUUCUGAAAUUGCAUUUUUGUCCCCUCCAGUGUUAUCAUUGGAAUGUGAUACAAAAUGAGGCAACGGUGUGCUUCAGGACCAUGCGGACGCCUCAGAGCGGUCAAGUAGGCUGUUUGGAGUGUGUAUCCAACUCGAUAAAAAAAGUAAUAUUCUAUGUCCCCCCCACUUCUAAAACCAAAGUUGCAUCCCUGCGCACUAUUGAACGGUUUGGACUUGAGAUGCAUUUUUCUACAUUGUAAUGGACACGGUGCAACCUUUGGUAGGCUCAUAACAUGGUUCUCACAGCUAGGGGAAGUGAAAGCAUAGGCUGCAAUGACUGCACGCCGCAAUUGAUAUGUAACAACGCCCUGAGCACAUCGGACACAAAACAAAACACUGAUACUUGAUGUAACAACAGCACAAAAUAGAUAAACAAGUUUGUUGAAACUUAUGAUUUCUAGCUGCACCAAUCAAAGCAAUGGAGCGUGUUCAAAACCAUUCAUCUUCGGGGGAGCGGGGUUACAAAAUGCAAUCAUAUCACAGGCAAUUUGACCAUUUAUAAAAUGGUCUCAUAUAUUUUUUUGAAUACAGACUAGCUAAAUAAAUAAGUGCAACUUCACAAAUUAUCCAAUGGAUUAUGAUAAUUUGCUAGUAAAAAAGUAGAGGUUUAGAAACAUAAGUUUGCACCCCCUAUUUUAAUUUGCGACAUGGCUCAGGCAGCCAGGUGUAGGCUGUGGCGAAAAACUGUAGCCAGAGACAGAAGAGGAAGCGAGACACCUCACUGGCUGUAUUUAUCCACCAUCUUUGCUGUAGCCAAAUAUUCUCUAUUAAAUUGCUCAGCUUAGUCACGACUCUCAAACUUUGCAGGUGUUUCUUAUUAGUAAACAAUGCCAUGCGGGUGGGUGGUACCAUUUCAAGUAAAGCUCAGCCCUGAAACGAAACGUAGGCUAAAAAUAAUUUGCAUGUCAUUUCAUAGGAAAAGACACGGCAUUGACAUGAAUUUGCACAAAGUGGGCAGUUCAGGGUUGUCACUUGUGCAACAUCGUGGGUAAGCUCUGGCCAUAGUCUUUCAACUCAAAAGUGGAUUUCUACUUCUGUGGGCGUUUAAGACAUAUGUUAUAGCCUUUUAAAGCUGUUUUGCAGAAGACAGUGGUGUUAUUUCAGUGCUCGGUAAUGUUUUGGUGGCUUACUCGCCUGCAGGCGUUUGUAAAGACAAAGGCUUGUAUUGUGUGCGUGUGUAUACAGGCUGUGAGAAGCCUUGCAUCUCACUGGUCUGUCUCUCAGGCCCCCAGACACUGAGUACUCUGUUUUUGGUCAAUCCAGAUGACCUAGAGUAACCCCACAACCUACAAAAACCUCCACACGGUCUGCACGUCAUGCAGACAUUACCCCUGUGUGCUGAUCUGCCAUGGUUACGGCCCAUUGAACCUGUGCACCGCUGUGUUAAUUAUGCACUCAUGCUACUCAGUUCAGGGGUUCUUCAGGACUCUAGAAGUCAUGAUUUCCCCCAAAAUUCUCAUGAUUGCACUCAGUAUGGCAACAUGUAGCCUAAGUGUUUAUCUUGAAUAGCCUUUUUCUAUCCCUUAACCCUUUACACUCGUAGGAGUUGGCCUCCAUGGAUAGGGCAACAUUGAAAUGUUUCUAACAGAAGAAAUAUGAGAAACAAAUGCAUAACCAUGGUAGCCAUUGAAAGGGAAGACUUUUGACAUUAUGGGGAAAUAAUCGGACCAAAGGUGAGGACACAACAGUCAAGUGUUAGAUUAAGAGGUCUAACUGGUGUCUCGAAGUGGCCACACACCUCUCCAAAGUGUGCACAGAUACUAAAUCAUUUCAAUUCACUUUUAUGACUCAAGGAAAGAGCCUUCAAAUAUUAGGUGCUUUUUUAGCUCUCCUAGCUGUACCGUUGAAGAAUUGAAGCAAGCACACUUUUAUUUGGAACACAGGCCUGCAUCCCCACCAUCACACAAUGAUUGUUUACGCAAUCCAAAAUUGGUCCAUUAUAAAUUGCAUUCUGGGUCAGGUGGGCAUAAUUUGAAAGCUUAUUCUAUUGCCAACAUGACUAGCUAAGUUAUAAAAUACCAUCUUAGUGUUAGGCUUUCAGAAGGCACUUCAGAGAAACUGAUAGUCAUUUUGGUGUGCAUAGAAUGGAUUAAUGAGUGCAUUCAGGUGUGUGUUCUGCUGCAAAUUUUCUUCACAAUGUGACAAACAGGUUCCUUCUGUUAAAAAACAACAACAGGGUAUGACACCAUGUCAUCCUUGUCACUGUACAUCAAAUAGGGAUCAUAAACGUUGAUACUGUAAAGGACAUGAAUUUCAUCAUAUGGAAAAGCGAAGCACACAUUUGGACUUGUGGGUGUGUGGUUUGCUUGUAUGACAUCAAAGCAGUAUUUAAUAUAAUCAACGUCUCAUCUUUCAAAACAAAUCGAGUCCUCUUGAUCCAGUAUUCCUCUCUCUCAGACGACAAAACAUGUACAAAAGUAGCCCAAUUAGCGGGAGGACGGGGGCAUCUUCUUGUUGUGCUUAGUGCUGCUGUUUAGAAUGCCUGUCAGUUGAAUCCCAUACAGCACUGUAAAGUGGAGACCCUGACUUCUGACGUCUUGUAUAGCAUGUUACUGUAUAGCCACUGCAUUCCAAUGGCGCUUAUCAGUGACCAAGUCUGCCAUUUUCAACCAGUAUACAAGUUGUGUGUAAAGGGAUAGUUUCAGGACCAUUUUUACUUUACUUUAGACUUGUUGGUGUUUCAGUAUAGGCACCGGAGUAGUUCAGUGAUGUUGAAUGCAUCCCAGGUGUUGACCAGCAUUGGCUUCUUGUUUCCUACAGAGACGGUGUAUCUUUUUGGGGGCUGGGACGGCACACAGGACCUGGCUGACUUCUGGGCCUACAGUGUUCAGGAGAACCAGUGGGUCUGCAUCUCCAGAGACACAGAGAAGGAGGUGAGGGCGCAAGAUGUAUGAAAGAGAGAAGGAUGGAGGGAAAGUGGAAAAGAGGAGUUAUUGUGACACAGAACAAGACAUCAACUGUUAAAUGGUCCAUACUGAUUGUUACAGCUGCUUAAUGAGCAGAACACUAGAUUAUUUAUGCAUUUACUUUUAUUUGUUUUAUUUAACCUUUAUUCAUACAGGUUUUUCUCAUUGAGAUAAAAUCUAUUUUUCAAGAGAGACCUGGUCAAACAACAGCAGGGGGAACAAAGUUUCAGACAAAACAACUUACAUACACUAACACAACAUUGAACAAAACUAUAGACACGCAUACAGUACAACAACUACAUAUUACGUAAAGAAACUGCAGUUUUCUCUGGUGAAGGUAAUGUCUAUCUAACGGAUGAUUAUAAUGAAGAUAAUAGUUGAUUGCUUCACUAUAGGAAAAUAUUACAAAGGCACAAUGUUUUUGAGCAGGUACUGGAUAUCAACAAAGUUCAGUAAAUGGUAGAAACGCACAUAGACUGCAGGGGGCCGGGUUGUCUUGUUUGACCAUUUCUUGAUAGGUUGUGUGAUGGCUUACUAUGUCCCCCCUGUCCUUUCCCAGAGUGGUCCCAGUGCGCGGUCCUGUCACAAGAUGUGCAUCGACAGCCAGCGGCGGCAGAUCUACACACUCGGCCGCUACCUAGACUCCAGCGUCAGGAACAGCAAGUCUCUGAAGAGUGACUUCUACCGUUACGACGUUGACGCCAACACCUGGACACUGCUCAGCGAGGACACGUCAGCCGACGGCGGGCCCAAGCUCGUCUUUGACCACCAGGUAACCCCAUUAUCACGCCCUUCACACAGCUGUAUCAUACACGUCCAAACUGGACCAAACUGGCUAGGAGUGAAUUGAAACACUUUGGGCCUAAUUCAAAAUUGGUUACAGAGUUUCUGUGGAUUCAAUAAUUGGUACACUCAACCAUCUGGAGGUGAGACCAGAGCACUGAUGAUGAAGGCUUAGCCAGCUACAGUCUUGACAUAUUUUCCUCGUGUCCCACUUUUUAAGCUAAAAAUGGAUCUGGAAAUGCCAAGGAUUUUUGCAUCAUUUUCCCACUGCUCUAAGCCCAACACUGACAUCCAAAUGUUGAAUCUCAUGACUCUCUCUUCCUACCCAACCUUUCUCUCCUCCUCUCUCCUCUCCCUUUCUCUCAUUCUUACUCCCUCUUUCCUCCCUCUCCCUAUAGAUGUGUAUGGACUCGGAGAAACACAUGAUCUAUACGUUUGGCGGUCGGAUCCUGAUGUGUAACGGCAGUGUGGAGGACAGCAGGACGUCCGAGCCCCAGUUCAGUGGGCUGUAUGCCUUCCACUGCCAGGCCGGAACCUGGAGCCUGCUCAGAGAAGACUCCUGCAACGCUGGGCCUGAGGACGUCCAGUCACGCAUCGGACACUGCAUGCUCUUCCACACUGUGAGUUAUGGGAGUAGUACCAUGACUGGUGUUGAUGGUAGGGUAAUGUUGCGUGGAUGAUACUGAACUGUGCUCAUACAUGGAUACUCACAUAUCAACACACAAUGUGGCAACUUUGCGGUGACAUUCUUUAUAGAAUUCAGCACAAACACCAGAAUGAGUUAUUGACAGAAAUAAAUCAAUACCCACACAAUCCUGACUGAAGCAUUCAGAAGAGCCAAAAUGGCUUUCUGCUUUGUGUUUUUAGAGAAAGCCAAUGACAUAACGGAACAAAUAUGCACCGAUUUUACUCUCAGGACUUUUCAGAAGCCAAGGAAAAUUGAACUGAUAGUUCUGACUAUCUUGUUUCACAGAAGAAUGUAAACCAUUCAGAGCGUUGGCAUGAAUUAGAUUUUGCUUCUCUCUCUCUCUCUCUCUCUCUCUCUCUCUCUCUCUCUCUCUCUCUCACCCCCACCCCACCCUUUCUCUAGAGGAAUCGUUGUCUGUAUGUGUUUGGAGGUCAGAGGUCAAAGACGUACCUGAAUGACUUCUUCAGCUACGACGUGGACGGGGACCAUGUGGAGAUCAUCUCAGACGGAACCAAGAAGGACUCCGGCAUGGGUAAGACUGGCUACUUAGUCACUUAAGCCACCAGGGACAUUAACUGUUAAUGCCAAGGGUGGAGGAUAGUACAGCCGACACACCUUCAUUGUUUAGUGCCAACAUUUUGUUCCAAACGGAUCUGCUCAGGUCUCAUAUUGGCAGGUUAUUACAAGGCUAAACUCAUCUAGUUUUCAUGUCAAAGUCCCCUCACCGCCUUCAGCUUGUUGCACCCUGGGUUCCACACAUUCUGCAGGGCAACAGAGAAUCGUGGCCGCAGUGCGUUUCUUUACAAAAUUGGAAUUCAUAAUUGCUUGCUGUAGUUAGAAAGUGAGCAGUUGAUUUCAUCAGCUUCUGAGAAUAGCAUUUUUGUCAUGUGCAAAUGAUUCUUAGAAAAUCCCACCCCCGUAUUAUUGUGGUAUUUACUAAAACGUCACAGGAACGUUAAUUAGAUUGCUCUCUCACCACACACACACACACACUGUCUCAAUCUCUCACAAUAUACUUUCUCUUUACUUUUUGUUCUCACUCUUUCACAGAACCACAAUCUUUCAUCCUCUACUUUUUCUAACACACACACAGGGUAGCAAAGCUACUGGUAAUUUACCAAAGUUACUGUAAUCUUCAGUCAUUUUUGGUAAUUAACAGAAAACAUAUGGUAACUAUUCAAUUAUUAUAUCUGAGUCCAUAUUGUUCAUGACUUUCUAGUGGAUAGACCAUAUGGUUCAAGAGAAAAUAGCCUAAUUAAUGAAAAAAAGCAUCUAAUUAACAAUGGCAUUAUUUUCUAUUAACUCUGCAACUCUUCCAACUGUUGGCUUUAUUCACAACUGCCACCACUUUGACACCUAAACAUUGACAACAAAUACAUGUUGAAAUAGUAAAAUAAAGCAGCUAUAAACAAAAUGUUAUAUAUAACUCAGCAAAAAAAGAAACGUCCUCUCACUGAACUACGAUUAUUUUCAGCAAACUUAACAUGUGUAAAUAUUUGUAUGAACAUAACAAGAUUCAACAACUGAGAGAUAAACUGAACAAGUUCCACAGACAUGUGACUAACAGAAAUUGAAUAAUGUGUCCCUGAACAAAGGGGGGGGGGGGGGGGGGGGUCAAAAUCAAAAGUAACAGUCAGUAUCUGGUGUGGGCUCCAGCUGCAUUAAGUAUUGCAGUGCAUCUCCUCCUCAUGGACUGCACCAGAUUAGCCAGUUCUUGCUGUGAGAUGUUACCCCACUCUUCCACCAAGGCACCUGCAAGUUCCCAGACAUUUCAUGGGGGGGAAUGGCCCUAGCCCUCACCCUCCGAUCUAACAGGUCUCAGACGUGCACAAUGGGAUUGAGAUCCGGGCUCUUCGCUGGCCAUGGCAGAACACUGACAUUCCUGUCUUGCAGGAAAUCACGCACAGAACGAGCAGAAUGGCUGGUGGCAUUGUCAUGCUGGAGGGUCAUAUCAGGAUGAGCCUGCAGGAAGGGUACCACAUGAGGGAGGAGGAAGUCUUCCCUGUAACGCACAGCGUUGAGAUUGCCUGCAAUGACAACAAGCUCAGUCCGAUGAUGCUGUGACACACCGCCCCAGACCAUGACGGACCCUCCACCUCCAAAUCAAUCCCGCUCCAGAGUACAGGCCUCAGUGUAACGCUCAUUCCUUCGACGAUAAACGCGAAUCCGACCAUCACCCCUGGUGAGACAAAGCCGCGACUCGUCAGAGAAGAGCACUUUUUCCCAGUCCUGUCUGGUCCAGCAACGGUGGGUUUGUGCCCAUAGGCGACGUUGUUGCCGGUGAUGUAUGGUGAGGACCUGCCUUACAACAGGCCUACAAGCCCUCAGUCCAGCCUCUCUCAGCCUAUUGCAGACAGUCUGAGCACUGAUGGAGGGAUUGUGUGUUCCUGGUGUAACUUGGGCUGUUGUUGUUGCCAUCCUGUACCUGUCCCGCAGGUGUGAUGUUCAGAUGUACCGAACAUCACACAUGGUCUGCCACUGCUAGGACGAUCAGCUGUCCGUCCUGUCUCCCUGUAGCGCUGUCUUAGGCGUCUCACAGUACGGACAUUGCAAUUUAUUUCCCUGGCCACAUCUGCAGUCCUCAUGCCUCCUUGCAGCAUGCCUAAGGCACGUUCACGCAGAUGAGCAGGGACCCUGGGCAUCUUUCUUUUGGUGUUUUUCAGAGUCAGUAGAAAGGCCUCUUUAGUGUCCUAAGUUUUCAUAACUGUGACCUUAAUUGCCUACCCUCUGUAAGCUGGUAGUGUCUUAACGACCGUUCCACAGGUGCAUGUUCAUUAAUCGUUUAUGGUUCAUUGAACAAGCAUGGGAAACAGUGUUUAAAUCCUUCACAAUGAAGAUCUGUGAAGUUUCUCAAUACGUUGUUAUAUACCCUUUGUUGGCAAUGACACAGGUCAAACGUUUUCUGUAAGUCUUCACAAGGUUUUCACACACUGUUGCUGGUAUUUUGGCCCAUUCCUCCAUGCAGAUCUCCUCUAGAGCAGUGAUGUUUUGGGGCUGUCGCUGGGCAACACGGACUUCCAAAGAUUUUCUAUGGGGUUGAGAUCUGGAGACUGGCUAGGCCACUCCAGGACCUUGAAAUGCUUCUUACGAAGCUACUCCUUCGUUGCCCGGGCAGUGUGUUUGGGAUCAUUGUCAUGCUGAAAGACCCAGCCACGUUUCAUCUUCAAUGCCCUUGCUGAUGGAAGGAGGUUUUCACUCAAAAUCUCACGAUACAUGGCCCCAUUCAUUCUUUCCUUUACACGGAUCAGUCGUCCUGGUCCCUUUGCAGAAAAACUGCCCCAAAGCAUGAUGUUUCCACCCCCAUGCUUCACAGUAGGUAUGGUGUUCUUUGGAUGCAACUCAGCAUUCUUUGUCCUCCAAACACGACGAGUUGAGUUUUUACCAAAAAGUUCUAUUUUGGUUUCAUCUGACCAUAUGACAUUCUCCCAAUCCUCUUCUGGAUCAUCCAAAUGCACUCUAGCAAACUUCAGACGGGCCUGGACAUGUACUGGCUUAAGCAGGGGGACACAUCUGGCACUGCAGGAUUUGAGUCCCUGGCGGCGUAGUGUGUUACUGAUGGUAGGCUUUGUUACUUUGGUCCCAGCUCUCUGCAGGUCAUUCACUAGGUCCCCCCGUGUGGUUCUGGGAUUUUUGCUCACCGUUCUUGUGAUCAUUUUGACCCCACGGGGUGAGAUCUUGCGUGGCGCCCCAGAUCGAGGGAGAUUAUCAGUGGUCUUGUAUGUCUUCCAUUUCCUAGUAAUUGCUCCCACAGUUGAUUUCUUCAAACCAAGCUGCUUACCUAUUGCAGAUUCAGUCUUCCCAGCCUGGUGCAGGUCUACAAUUUUGUUUCUGGUGUCCUUUGACAGCUCUUUGGUCUUGGCCAUAGUGGAGUGUGGAGUGUGACUGUUUGAGGUUGUGGACAGGUGUCUUUUAUACUGAUAACAAGUUCAAACAGGUGCCAUUAAUACAGGUACCGAGUGGAGGACAGAGGAGCCUCUUAAAGAAGAAGUUACAGGUCUGUGAGAGCCAGAAAUCUUGCUUGUUUGUAGGUGACCAAAUACUUAUUUUCCACCAUAAUUUGCAAAUAAAUUCAUUAAAAAUCCUACAAUGUGAUUUUCUGGAUUUUUUCCCCUCAAUUUGUCUGUCAUAGUUGACGUGUACCUAUGAUGAAAAUUACAGGCCUCUCAUCUUUUUAAGUGGGAGAACUUGCACAAUUGGUGGCUGACUAAAUAGUUUUUUUCCCCACUGUAUAUAUAUAAGCAAGCACAUUUCAUGGUGUAACCCUCAAAUUAAACACCAAUGGUAUUCACUAAGUUGAUGGUUUAUAUUUAGGAUAAUGUUUUACAGCUUUGUCAUUCAAUUGUUUUUGUUUAAAUAAUCGUAUUCAAUUAUUUCAUAUAUUUUAAGUGUGAUUUAGGCCACACAAAGGGCCAGAGAUGAUUACAGACACCUGUGAUAAUCUGAAGUACCCAAAAGGGCCACUAGAUGUCUUGUGAUGGAUUACAUAAAAUCCUUGAAAGAUACCAAAAUUCUGGUAGUUUGCUGGUAAACUUCGAACAUUUCCAGUAAUAUACCCUCCCUUUGCAACCCUACACAAACACACACACACAGCCUGAAUGCCAACCUGAGCAAAUCGCAACAUUGCACUCCAUUUAGUCACUAUCAGCUUAUGCUUUUGGUCAGCAGCAGUGUGUGUGCAUGUGUGUGUAGCAUAAUCUGUGCCUUUUCCCAUCAAGCUUGUGGCUCAGUGAUACUACAUGUACAGAACUCUCCCCAUCAUCACAUAUAUCUUAAUCUACCCUUACACUAAAGACUCUAGUAGAAUCUGUGCUUUCAGAUGCCAUAGAUGGCUGUAGGAGGAGAUACCUUCUCAUGUCUCCUCUAUUAAAGUGACAUGUGACAGACUUUUCAGUGCAGCUCAUUAAAAGGCACAGGGCAGCAGAGAGAGAGAAAGAGAUGCUUCUUGUCCUGAUAAACAGAUUGUCUGACUGAGAUCUCUGGAUGGACAGAGCAGAGCUGGACUGGCGUGAUGAUGGUAGAGUAUUAAUAGAUCUCUGUCUGUGUGCCUCUCGCAUCUGUGUAAUCCUGCAAGAACGAGAGAUGGGAAUGGGAGGGAGGCAGAAGUGGGGAGAUAGAGAGGGAGUGAAGAAGCCGAAAGGGAGAGCGAGUAAGACCGAGACGAGGGAGAAACCGAAAGAUGCAGAAUGAGCAAGCGAGAGCGAAAGAACAAGAGAUGGAGAGCGAAAGAUAGAGAGAGAUGGAGAGAGAAAGAACAGAAUGUAUUUUGGCAGGAAGGAAGCAGCAAGCCCAAACAGUGUAAUCAUUCUCUGUUUAUCGCCGACGCAGCUGCUCUGUGCUCUGCUCCGGUACCACAGAAACAUCUCCCUGUUCAUUUCCAUUUCAUAAUGCUGCUCUAAUGAGCUCUAUAUCUAUGUCCCUAAUGGCACCCUAUUCCCUAUAUUGUGUACUACUUUUGACCAGGGCCCAUAGGGUCUGGUCAAAAGUAGUGCACUAGGAAUGUAAUAGGGUGCCAUUUGCGAUGCACUUAUAUGGGCCCUGGUCAGAAAUAGUGCACUUUAUAGGGAAUAGGUUGCCAUUUGGGACGUAGACUAUGUCUGAAGGGCAGAGCACAGUCUCUAGUGGCUCUGUCCUUCUGCUGUUUUCUUCUUGUUCUUCAAAUAAACUUCUUUGUUUUGUUGAUUCUCUAAAACAAUCUGUACUCUCUACUCAAGUUACACAGGCUGGUUGACCUAGGGGCCUAUCAUUAUAAUUUUGUUUAUGCAGAAGUUCAUGCCUUGGUUCAUGUCUUGGAACAGGACACCUGUCUAUGGAGCUUGUUUGAGAAAUUGCCCUAAUUGUCCUUGAAAGCAUAUGGUGGGUUCCAUAAAAAUAUAUUAGUUCAAGUUGGUAGUACUAAGUGAUUAAGCACAACACAGCAUCUUUGUUUUGACUCUGUUCCUCAACUUACCAUCAUAGCCAUGGUAACAACCCACAUAGAUUUGAUACACUAUGAAGUUUUUUAAUUUUUAAUUUUAUUUCAGUUGAGAACAAGUUCUCAUUUACAACUGCGACCUGGCCAAGAUAAAGCAAAGCAGUGCGAUUAAAAACAACAACACAGAGUUACAUAUGGGGUAAAAAUACAUAAAGUCAAAAAAUACAACAGAAAAUAUAUAUACAGUGUGUGCAAAUGUAGCAAGUUAUGGAGGUAAGGCAAUAAAUAGGCUAUAGUGCAAAAUAAUUACAAUUAGUAUUAACACUGGAAUGCUAGAUGUGCAAGAGAUUAUGUGCAAAUAGAGAUACUGGGGUGCAAAAUAAAUAACCAUAUAGGGAUGAGGUAGUUGGGUGGGCUAAUUUCAGAUGGGCUGUGUACAGGUGCAGUGAUCGGUAAGCUGCUCUGACAAGUCAUUGCGAAGGCUUAUACUUGCUUCUUCCAUGCAACUACUGAAGCACAUGUUGUGACUAAUAAGCAGCCGAUGACCACAAAGCGGAACUACUUGGCCUAUAUGUGUUCCAUAUUCCUCUAUACGUAUGAAUAGUAGCAUACUCUAUACACUGACGUGUCAUGACCACAAACACGUCAUGUGCAAUCAGGGGAUUACUUUAGACAAGCAAUGUAUGCAAAUCCGGGUAAAACAACAUGCAAAUGGAUAGUUGCAUACUGUUUACACUGUGACUGCAAACACAUCCUGUUCUGUCAACUUUUGAUAUCACUAAUGCAAAUCCGUAGAAAAACAACCAUACAUUUGCAUUGUGUUCUGUUUGUGUCCAGCAAGUCUCGUUGCUAUGUACGUUGCUAUGUGAGCAGCCUUUUGAAUUCGUAGUCCAUCCCAUUUCUCUCAAGUCUUUUAAUCUUUGCCUCUGAUGGAAAAAAUGUGCGAUAGGGUUAAAUAACCGUAGAGGCCAGACUUCUGUGACCAGGAAAAAUGCAGAAUCCCUGCUAUUCUCUCUGUGUUAUCUCAAUGUAGCCUGCUAUUCUCUCUGUUAUCUCAAUAUAGCCUGCUAUUCUCUCUGUUAUCUCAAUAUAGCCUGCUAUUCUCUCUGUUAUCUCAAUGUAGCCUGCUAUUCUCUCUGUUAUCUCAGUAUAGCCUGCUAUUCUCUCUGUUAUCUCAAAGUAGCCUGCUAUUCUCUCUGUUAUCUCAAUAGAGCCUGCUAUUCUCUCUGUUAUCUCAAUGUAGCAUGCUAUUCUCUCUGUUAUCUCAAUGUAGCAUGCUAUUGUCUCUGUUAUCUCAGUAUAGCCUGCUAUUCUCUCUGUUAUCUCAAUAUAGCCUGCUAUUCUCUCUGUUAUCUCAAUAUAGCCUGCUAUUCUCUCAGUUCUCUCAGUAGCACCCGUCUCUGUUUUAAACCUCUCUCUGAUGUGUGUUUGUCCCUCAGUGCCGAUGACGGGCUUCACCCAGAGGGCCACCAUAGACCCAGAGCUGAAUGAGAUCCACGUCCUGUCUGGCCUCAGCAAGGACAAGGACAAACGAGAGGAGAACGUCCGUAACUCCUUCUGGAUCUAUGAUAUCGCACGCAACAACUGGUACGAGACACACACGGCCUUGUGUAACUAACCUUGUGGGGACACACAAUUCAGUCCCAUAUCAAAAUAUUUUCCCUAACCCUAGCUCCUAACCCUAAAACUAACCCUAGCUCCUAACACUAAUUCUAACCUUAACCCUAAACCCCCUAGAAAUAGCAUUUGACCUUGUGGGGACAAAAUGUCCCCAGUUGGUUAAAAAAAUAAUGGUUUACUAUUCUUGUGGAGACUUCUGGUCCCCACAAGUAUAGUUCCACGCGCCCACACACCGUCAAACGCACACAGUAAGACACUGAUACAAUCAUCAACCAAUAGCAUCAUAUUUCAAAGUCUUUCCUGACCUGAAAGUGAGUUUCAUCAUCUCUGCCCUUCAAAAGAGAACUAAAUGUUCUUUCAGAGGGCGUGUGUGUGUGUCUGUCCGUGUGUGUGUGUCUGUCCGUGUGUGUGUUGUACCUCUGCUUCUUCAUGGGGAAAGUCUUUGUUCUGGACUAGCUCAUUUGGUCAGUUGAAACAGUGCUUGUGAGAGAACAGGCUGUCAGUGCUGCCUGCCGCUGGUUCUGGUACACUGCUUUCUCUAGCCGUUCUUUUGACUGAGUGUCCAGUAAAUUAAGUCAAUGUAACGCCUCAAGCUGUGUGUGUGUUUCUGCGUAGGAGGCUGUCUACAAGUGUGUUCCAAUAUUUGCUUCGGGGUGUGUGGGCGUGUUUCCUUUUUAAGGUAUAGAAACACAAUGGGUGUUGUUCCUCUUCAGGGUUAAGGCUAUGUGCGUACUAACUGUUGUACUGUGUGUGUGUGUGUGUGUGCGCGCUGCAGGUCGUGUGUGUAUAAGAAUGACCAGGCGGUGAAGGAGAACCCCAGUAAGGCUCUGCAAGAGGAGGAGCCCUGUCCACGCUUCGCCCACCAGCUGGUCUAUGACGAAAUGCACAAGGUCACACACAGACACACUUUAAUUGUUUUAUUUGACCUUUAUUUAACCAGGUUAGUCUUGUUGAGAUAACAUCUAUUUUUCAAGAGAGACCUGAACCAAGACCGCAGCAUCAACACAUCAGUUUCAGACAGACACAUGACAUCAACCAGACUAAGAUACAUCAUAUUAACAAGCAGCAUUCAUGACGAACAUGAUACAACCAAAAACUAAGAAAACAUCAAUCAUACCAACUAGUUGUGUUGGGUUUUUUGGGCCCCUUUUGGUUGGGGGGGGGAACAUCAAGCUUAUUUAUUAUAAUCAACGUCUCAUCUUUCAAAACAAAUCGAGUCCUCUUGAUCCAGUAUUCCUCUCUCUCAGACGACAAAACGUACAAAAGUAGCCCAAUUAGCGGGAGGGAUGGGGGCAUCUUUGUGGUCCUCUGUAGCUCAGCUGGUAGAGCACGGCGCUUGUAACGCCAAGGUAGUGGGUUUGAUCCCCGGGACCACCCAUACACACACAAAAAAAAAUGUAUGCCCGCAUGACUGUAAGUCACUUUGGAUAAAAGCGUCUGCUAAAUGGCAUAUUAUAUAUUAUUAUUAUUAUUAUAUCUUCUUGUUGUGCUUAGUGCUGCUGUUUAGAACGCCUGUCAGUUGAAUCCCAUACAGCACUGUAAAGUGGACACCCUGAGUUCUGACGUCUUGUAUAGCAUGUAACUGUAUAGCCACUGCAUUCCAAUGGCGCUUAUCAGUGACCAAAUCUGCCAUUUUCAACCAGUAUACAAGUUGUGUGUAAAGCGAUAGUUUAAGGACCAUUUUUCUUGACUUUAGACUUGUUGGUGUUUCAGUAUAGGCACCGGAGUAGUUCAGUGAUGUUGAAUGCAUCCCAGGUGUUGACCAGCAUUGGCUUCUUGUUUCCUACAGAGACGGUGUAUCUUUUUGGGGGCUGGGACGGCACACAGGACCUGGCUGACUUCUGGGCCUACAGUGUUCAGGAGAACCAGUGGGUCUGCAUCUCCAGAGACACAGAGAAGGAGGUGAGGGCGCAAGAUGUAUGAAAGAGAGAAGGAUGGAGGGAAAGUGGAAAAGAGGAGUUAUUGUGACACGGAACGUAAAAAUGUAUGCACACAUGACUGUAAGUCACUUUGGAUAAAAGCGUCUACUAAAUGGCUUAUUAUUAUUAUUAUUAUUAUUAUUAUUAUUAUUAUUAGAACAAGACAUCAACUGUUAAAUGGUCCAUACUGAUUGUUACAGCUGCUUAAUGAGCAGAACACUAGAUUAUUUAUGUAUUUACUUUUUAUUUUAUUUAACCUUUAUUCAUACAGGUUUUUCUCAUUGAGAUAAAAUCUAUUUUUCAAGAGAGACCUGGUCCAACAGCAGCAGGGGGAACAAAGUUUCAGACAAAACCACUUACAUACACUAACACAACAUUGAACAAAACUAUAGACACGCAUGCAGUACAACAAUUACAUAUUACGUAAAGAAACACAAAUGUCAUAACUAAAAAAACAGCUGUCCUAAAGACAAUUACACUCUUCUAUGAUAUUUACAUCGACCAAGUGUUUAAACUGUAUAAAUGAUAUAAAUGAUGAUCAUGAUAAUGACGGCAGUUUUCUUUGGUCAAGGUGAAGGUAAUGUCUAUCUAACGCAGGGGUGUCAAACUCAUUUUAGCUCAGGGGCCACAUGGAGGAAAAUCUAUUCCCAAGUGGGCCGGACCGGAAAAAUCAUGGUAUAUAUAACUUAAAAACAACAACUUCAGAUUGUUUUCUUUGUUUUAAUACGAUCAACAUACAACAUAAAGCUGGAGCCUGAGGACAGUGUGUCCAAAAUAGUACAAGCACAACAUCACUAUUAAUCAUAAAACACGUCAAGUUUAUUUGAAAAUUCUAAAGAAAAAGAACACACAAACACACAAUGCCUCAGUGAUUAACAGAACUGUUUCACAGAUCACAUAACUAUAUCAGGGUGUCAUUUCUCAGGCAGAAAUGUAGAUAAAAAUAAUGAAAUCCUGUUCCCCAAACAAGUGCAAGAACCACAGAGUCAAGAAUAGGUUAAAUAUACAAAUAAAAUAAAAACAAUUAAAAACAAUAGCACAUCAACAUAAAAACAUAUAAACAUAAAGCUGGAGCCUGAGGACAGUGUCCAAAAGCACAACAUCACUAUUAAUCAUAAAACACCUCAAGUUAUUUGAAAGUUCUGAGGACAAAGAACACACAAACACACAAUGCCUCAGUGAUUCACAGAAGUAUAUCACAGAUCACAGAACUAUAUAAGGGUGUCAUUUCUCAGGCAGAAAUGUAGAUAAAAAAUAAUGAAAUCCUGUUCCCCAAACAAGUGCAAGAUCCACAGAGUCAAGAAUAGGUUAAAUAUACAAAUAAAAUAAAAUCAAUUAAAAACAAUAGCACAUCAACAUAAAAACAUAUAAACAUAAAUCUGAAAGCGUUGCUCAAACUCCCGUAACAGUCCCGUUAUUUUAUCUUUGAACCGCUUCAUGUCUGCCACAUGUUGGGUCGCGCACACAUUUUUCAGACAGGGGAAGUGAGCUGCAUCACCACCGGCAAGUUGCGUCUCCCACAAUGACAGCUUCAACUUGAAAGAACGUAUGCUGUCAUAAUACUGCGUGACAACUUUGUUGCGCCCUUGCAGCUGUUUGUUCAAGUUAUUCAGUUGCUCUGUAACAUCCACAAUAAAUGCAAGGUCCUGCAUCCAUUCUGCGGAAUGAAAUUCUAACACUGGUUUGCCCUUUUCUUCCAUGAACUGUUCAAUUUCUUCUCGUAAAUCAAAGAAACGCCUCAUCACAGCACCUCGGCUUAACCAUCUUACCUCAGUGUGGUAUGGCAGGCCAUAGAUGUGGUCUUUCUCUCUGAGAAGGCUGUCAAACUGACGGUGAUUCAGGCUUCUGGGUCGGAUGAAAUUAACAGUUUGGAUGACCACCUUCAUGACGUUAUCCAUCUUUAAUGACUUGCAACACAAAGCCUCCUGGUGCAAAAUACAGUGAAAAGUCAAAAAAUCACGUCCUCCAUUUGCAGAUUGCACUUUCUCUCUGAACAUUGUCACAACGCCUGCUUUUUUCCCGAGCAUUGAGGGCGCACCAUCUGUAGCCAGGCUGACAGCGCGGGACCAGUCCACUCCGACCCUGUCCAGCGCGCCGACGAGUGCGGUAAAAAUAUCAGCUGCUGUCGUUGUAUGUCAUCGGCACGAACUCCACGAACUCCUCGGUGACGGUCAAUGUGUCAUCAACUCCGCGGAUGAAAAUGGCCAGUUGUGCAACAUCUGUAAUGUCCGUGCUUUCAUCAAUUGCAACCAAAAACGCAAUAAAUGACUUUACUUUUUGCUUCAACUGGCUGUCCAAAUCCACUGAAAGAUCGGAAAUCCUGUCUGCAACUGUGUUUCUUGUCAGGCUGAUAUUUGCAAAAGCCUGCCGCUUUUCAGGGAACACAAUCUCCGCUGCCUUCAUCAUGCAUGUUUUUACAAAUUCACCCUCACUAAAUGGUUUUGAAGCCACUGCGAUUUCAUUAGCAAUGAGGUAGCUAGCUUUCACUGCAGCGUCACUGAUGUCUCGGCUGUGAGUAAACACAGACUGCUGUUUCUUCAGACCCGCCAACAGUUCAUUCACCUUCUCUCAUCUCCGCUGUCCUUGAAAGUUGUCAUAUUUGUCGGCAUGAAGACUCACAUAGUGGCGAUGAAGGUUAUAUUCUUUCAGCACUGCAACAUGCUCUGAACACACCAAACAUACAGCUUUCCCAUUCAAUUCCGUGAAUAAAUAGGAUGACCAUUUUUCUUGGAACACUCUGCACUCUGCGUCCACUUUUCUCUUUUUUGACAGAGACAUAUUGGGGCAAUGAGGGUGCCAAAGCACAUAAUGUUAAAAGUAGAAGCCGUAAUAAAUAUCGCGGGCAAAAACAAAGUAGCUCAUUGGCUGCACGUGCUUGACCUACUUGCUCUGCCCCGGUAUAAACAGUUUGCUUGCUUAACACAAUUGCUAUUGCGCCAUCCAGUGGACGCAAUUGGAACAGCAGUUUAUUUUAUUGAAAAAUUGCAGCGCAUUUUUAUACUUUACCAAAUUAUAAAAUUAUUAUUAUUAUUAUAAAAAAAAAAAUUUUUAAUCAUCUCGCGGGCCGGAUUAAACCCGUUUGCAGGCCUGAUCCGGCCCGCGGGCCGGACGUUUGACACCCCUGAUCUAACGGAUGAAAAUGAAGAUAAUAGUUUAUUGCUUCACUAUAGGAAAAUAUUACAAAGGCACAAUGUUUUUGAGCAGGUACUGGAUAUCAACAAAGUUCAGUAAAUGGCAGAAACGCACAUAGACUGCAGGGGGCCGAGUUGUCUCGUUUUACAAUUUCUUGAUAGGUUGUGCGAUGGCUUACUAUGUCCCCCCUGUCCUCUCCCAGAGUGGUCCCAGUGCGCGGUCCUGUCACAAGAUGUGCAUCGACAGCCAGCGGCGGCAGAUCUACACGCUCGGCCGCUACCUAGACUCCAGCGUCAGGAACAGCAAGUCUCUGAAGAGUGACUUCUACCGUUACGACGUCGACGCCAACACCUGGACACUGCUCAGCGAGGACACGUCAGCCGACGGCGGGCCCAAGCUCGUCUUUGACCACCAGGUAACCCCAUUAUCACGCCCUUCACACAGCUGUAUCACACACGUCCAAACUGGACCAAACUGGCUAGGAGUGAAUUGAAACACUUUGGGCCUAAUUCAAAAUAGGUUACAGAGUUUCUGUGGAUUAAAUAAUUGGUGCACUCAGCCAUCUGGAGGUGAGACCAGAGCACUGAUGAUGAAGGCUUAGCCAGCUACAGUCUUGACAUAUUUUCCUCGUGUCCCACUUUUUAAGCUAAAAAUGGAUCUGUAAAUGCCAAGGAUUUCUGCAUCAUUUUUCCACUGCUCUAAGCCCAACACUGAAAUCCAAAUGUUGAAUCUCAUGACUCUCUCUUCCUACCCAACCUUUCUCUCCUCCUCUCUCCCUUUCUCUCAUCCUUACGCCCUCUUUCCUCCCUCUCCCUAUAGAUGUGUAUGGACUCGGAGAAGCACAUGAUCUAUACGUUUGGCGGUCGGAUCCUGAUGUGUAACGGCAGUGUGGAGGACAGCAGGACGUCCGAGCCCCAGUUCAGUGGGCUGUAUGCCUUCCACUGCCAGGCCGGAACCUGGAGCCUGCUCAGAGAAGACUCCUGCAACGCUGGGCCUGAGGACGUCCAGUCACGCAUCGGACACUGCAUGCUCUUCCACACUGUGAGUUAUGGGAGUAGUACCAUGACUGGUGUUGAUGGUAGGGUAAUGUUGCGUGGAUGAUACUGAACUGUGCUCAUACAUGGAUACUCACACAUAUCAACACACAAUGUGGCAACUUUGCGGUGACAUUCUUUAUAGAAUUCAGCACAAACACCAGAAUGAGUUAUUUACAGAAACAAAUCAAUUACCACACAAUCAUGACUGAAGCAUUCAGAAGAGCCAAAAUGGCUUUCUGCUUUGUGUUUUUAGAGAAAGCCAAUGACAUAACAGAACAAAUAUGCACCGAUUUUACUCUCAGGACUUUUAAGAAGCCAAGGAUAAUUGAACUGAUAGUUCUGACUAUCUUGUUUCACAGAAGAAUGUAAACCAUUCAGAGCGUUGGCAUGAAUUAGAUUUUGCUCCUCUCUCUCUCUCUCUAUCGGUCUCAUCUCUAUCCUCCCUCCCUCUCCCUCUCUCCUCUCUCUCUCUCUCUCUCUCUCUCUCUCUCUCUCUCUCUCUCUCUCUCUCUCUCUCACACCCCCACCCCACCCUUUCUCUAGAGGAAUCGUUGUCUGUAUGUGUUUGGAGGUCAGAGGUCAAAGACGUACCUGAAUGACUUCUUCAGCUACGACGUGGACGGGGACCAUGUGGAGAUCAUCUCAGACGGAACCAAGAAGGACUCCGGCAUGGGUAAGAAUGUCUACUUAGUCACUUAAGCCACCAGGGACAGUAACUGGUAAUGCCAAGGGUGGAGGAUAGUACAGCCGACACACCUUCAUUGUUUAGUGCCAACAUUUUGUUCCAAACGGAUCUGCUCAGGUCUCAUAUUGGCAGGUCUUAUGCCAAGGGUAUUACAAGGCUAAACUCAUCUAGGUUUUCAUGUCAAAGUCCCCUCACCGCCUUCAGCAUGUUGCACCCUGGGUUCCACCCAUUCUGCAGGGCAACAGAGAAUCGUGGCCGCAGUGCGUUUCUUUACAAAAUUGGAAUUCAUAAUUGCUUGCUGUAGUUAGAAAGUGAGCAGUUGAUUUCAUCAGCUUCUGAGAAUAGCAUUUUUGUCAUGUGCAAAUUGAAUUCUUAGAAAAUCCCACCCCCGUAUUAUUGUGGUAUUUAGUAAAACAUCACAGGAACGUUAAUUAGAUUGCUCUCUCACCACACACACACACACUGUCUCAAUCUCUCACAAUACACUUUCUCUUUACUUUUUGUUCUCACUCUCUCACAGAACCACACUCUUUCAUCCUCUACUUUUUCUAACACACACACACACACGCACACAGGGUUGCAAAGCUACUGGUAAUUUACCAAAGUUACUGUAAUCUUCAGUCAUUAUGGUAAUUAACAGAAAACAUAUAUGGUAACUAUUCAAUUAUUAUACGCUGCUCAAAAAAAUAAAGGGAACACUUAAACAACACAAUGUAACUCCAAGUCAAUCACACUUCUGUGAAAUCAAACUGUCCACUUAGGAAGCAACACUGAUUGACAAUACAUUUCACAUGCUGUUGUGCAAAUGGAAUAGACAACAGGUGGAAAUUAUAGGCAAUUAGCAAGACACCCCCAAUAAAGAAGUGGUUCUGCAGGUGGUGACCACAGACCACUUCUCAGUUCCUAUGCUUCCUGGCUGAUGUUUUGGUCACUUUUGAAUGCUGGCGGUGCUUUCACUCUAGUGGUAGCAUGAGACGGAGUCUACAACCCACACAAGUGGCUCAGGUAGUGCAGCUCAUCCAGGAUGGCACAUCAAUGCGAGCUGUGGCAAGAAGGUUUGCUGUGUCUGUCAGCGUAGUGUCCAGAACAUGGAGGCGCUACCAGGAGACAGGCCAGUACAUCAGGAGACGUGAAGGAGGCCGUAGGAGGGCAACAACCCAGCAGCAGGACCGCUACCUCCGCCUUUGUGCAAGGAGGAGCACUGCCAGAGCCCUGCAAAAUGACCUCCAGCAGGCCACAAAUGUGCAUGUGUCUGCUCAAACGGUCAGAAACAGACUCCAUGAGGGUGGUAUGAGGGCCCGACGUCCACAGGUGGGGGUUGUGCUUACAGCCCAACACCGUGCAGGACGUUUGGCAUUUGCCAGAGAACACCAAGAUUGGCAAAUUCGCCACUGGCGCCCUGUGCUCUUCACAGAUGAAAGCAGGUUCACACUGAGCACAUGUAACAUACGUGACAGUCUGGAGACGCCGUGGAGAACGUUCUGCUGCCUGCAACAUCCUCCAGCAUGACCGGUUUGGCGGUGGGUCAGUCAUGGUGUGGGGUGGCAUUUCUUUGGGGGGCCGCACAGCCCUCCAUGUGCUCGCCAGAGGUAGCCUGACUGCCAUUAGGUACCGAGAUGAGAUCCUCAGACCCCUUGUGAGACCAUAUGCUGGUGCGGUUGGCCCUGGGUUCCUCCUAAUGCAAGACAAUGCUAGACCUCAUGUGGCUGGAGUGUGUCAGCAGUUCCUGCAAGAGGAAGGCAUUGAUGCUAUGGACUGGCCUGCCCGUUCCCCAGACCUGAAUCCAAUUGAGCACAUCUGGGACAUCAUGUCUCGCUCCAUCCACCAACGCCACGUUGCACCACAGACUGUCCAGUAGUUGGCGGAUGCUUUAGUCCAGGUCUGGGAGGAGAUCCCUCAGGAGACCAUCCACCACCUCAUCAGGAGCAUGCCCAGGCGUUGUAGGGAGGUCAUACAGGCACGUGGAGGCCACACACACUACUGAGCCUCAUUUUGACUUGUUUUUUAAGGACAUUACAUCAAAGUUGGAUCAGCCUGUAGUGUGGUUUUCCACUUUAAUUUUGAGGGUGACUCCAAAUCCAGACCUCCAUAGGUUGAUAAAUUUGAUUUCCAUUGAUAAUUUUUGUGUGAUUUUCUUGUCAGCACAUUCAACUAUGUAAAGAAAAAAGUAUUUAAUAAGAUUAUUUCAUUCAUUCAGAUCUAGGAUGUGUUGUUUAAGUGUUCCCUUAAUUUUUUUGAGCAGUGUAUGUGUCCAUAUUGUUCAUGACUUUCUAGUGGAUAGACCAUAUGGUUCAAGAGAAAAUAGCCAAAUUAAUGAAAAAAGCAUCUAAUUAACAAUGGCAUUAUUUUCAAUUAACUCUGCAACUCUUCCAACUGUUGGCUUUAUUCACAACUGCCACCACUUUGACACCUAAACAUUGACAACAAACACAUGUUGAAAUAGUAAAAUAAAGCAGCUAUAAACAAAAUGUUAUAUAUAACUCAGCAAAAAAAGUAACGUCCUCUCACUGUGAACUACGUUUAUUUUCAGCAAACUUAACAUGUGUAAAUAUUUGUAUGAACAUAACAAGAUUCAACAACUGAGACAUAAACUGAACAAGUUCCACAGACAUGUGACUAACAGAAAUUGAAUAAUGUGUCCCUGAACAAAGGGGGGGUCAAAAUCAAAAGUAACAGUCAGUAUCUGGUGUGGCCACCAGCUGCAUUAAGUACUGCAGUGCAUCUCCUCCUCAUGGACUGCACCAGAUUUGCCAGUUCUUGCUGUGAGAUGUUACCCCACUCUUCCACCAAGGCACCUGCAAGUUCCCGGACAUUUCAUGGGGAGGAAUGGCCCUAGCCCUCACCCUCCGAUCCAACAGGUCCCAGACGUGCUCAGUGGGAUUGAGAUCCGGGCUCUUCGCUGGCCAUGGCAGAACACUGACAUUCCUGUCUUGCAGGAAAUCACGCACAGAACGAGCAGUAUGGCUGGUGGCAUUGUCAUGCUGGAGGGUCAUAUCAGGAUGAGCCUGCAGGAAGGUUACCACAUGAGGGAGGAGGAAGUCUUCCCUGUAACGCACAGCAUUGAGAUUGCCUGCAAUGACAACAAGCUCAGUCCGAUGAUGCUGUGACACACCGCCCCAGACCAUGACGGACCCUCCACCUCCAAAUCGAUCCCGCUCCAGAGUACAGGCCUCAGUAUAACGCUCAUUCCUUCGACGAUAAACGCGAAUCCGACCAUCACCCCUGGUGAGACGAAGCUGCGACUCGUCAGAGAAGAGCACUUUUUGCCAGUCCUGUCUGGUCCAGCAACGGUGGGUUUGUGCCCAUAGGCGACGUUGUUGCCGGUGAUGUAUGGUGAGGACCUGCCUUACAACAGGCCUACAAGCCCUCAGUCCAGCCUCUCUCAGCCUAUUGCGGACAGUCUGAGCACUGAUGGAGGGAUUGUGCGUUCCUGGUGUAACUCGGGCAGUUGUUGUUGCCAUCCUGUACCUGUCCCGCAGGUGUGAUGUUCGGAUGUACCGAUUCUGUGCAGGUGUUGUUACACAUGGUCUGCCACUGCGAGGACGAUCAGCUGUCCGUCCUGUCUCCCUGUAGCGCUGUCUUAGGCGUCUCACAGUACGGACAUUGCAAUUUAUUGCCCUGGCCACAUCUGCAGUCCUCAUGCCUCCUUGCAGCAUGCCUAACGCACAUUCACGCAGAUGAGCAGUGACCCUGGGCAUCUUUCUUUUGGUGUUUUUCAGAGUCAGUAGAAAGGCCUCUUUAGUGUCCUAAGUUUUCAGAACUGUGACCUUAAUUGCCUACCGUCUGUAAGCUGUUAGUGUCUUAAUGACCGUUCCACAGGUGCAUGUUCAUUAAUUGUUUAUGGUUCAUUGAACAAGCAUGGGAAACAGUGUUUAAACCCUUUACAAUGAAGAUCUGUGAAGUUAUUUGGAUUUUUACUAAUUAUCUUUGAAAGACAGGGUCCUGAAAAAGGGCUGUUUCUUUUUUUGCUGAGUGUGUGUAUAUAAUACACGUUUUAUACACGUAAAAUAUAUGAAAUAACUGAAUACGAUUAUUUAAACAAAAACAAUUGAAUGACAAAGCUGUAAAACAUUAUCCUAAAUAUAAACCAUCAACUUAGUGAAUACCAUUGGUGUUUAUUUUGAGGGUUACACCAUGAAAUGUGCCUAUAUAUGUAUAUAUGUAUAUGUGUAUAUAUAUGUAUAUAUAUAUAUAUAUAUAUAUAUAUAUAUGUAUAUAUAUGUAUAUAUAAUAGUCACGAUCAGCUGAUGCUUUUGGUCAGCAGCAGUGUGUGUGCAUGUGUGUGUGUAGCCUAAUCUGUGCCUUCUCCCAUCAAGCUUGUGGCUCAGUGAUACUACAUUUACAGAACUCUCCCCAUCAUCACAUAUAUCUUAAUCUACCCUUGCACUAAAGACUCUAAUAUAAUCUGUGCUUUCAGAUGCCAUAGAUAGCUGUAGGAGGAGAUACCUUUUCAUGUCUCAUCUAUUAAAGUGACAUGUGACAGACUUUUUAGUGCAGCUCAUUAAAAGGCACAGGGCAGCAGAGAGAGAGAAAGAGAUGCUUCUUGUCCUGAUAAACAGAUUGUCUGACUGAGAUCGCUGGAUGGACAGAGCAGAGCUGGACUGGCGUGAUGAUGGCAGAGUAUUAAUAGACCUCUGUCUGUGUGCCUCUCGCAUCUGUGUAAUCCUGAAAGAACGAGAGAUGGGAAUGGAAGGGAGGCAGAAGUAGGGAGAUGGAGAGAGAGCGAGGGGGUGAAGAAGCCGAAAGGGAGAGCGAGUAAGACCGAGACGAGGGAGAAACCGAAAGAUGCAGAAUGAGCAAGCGAGAGCGAAAGAACAAGAGAGAUUAAGAGAGAAAGAACAGAGAGGUGGAGAGCGAAAGAACGAGAGAGAAAGAACAUAAUGUAUUUUGGCAGGAAGGAAGCAGCAAGCCCAAACAUUGUAAUCAUUCUCUGUUUAUCGCCGACACAGCAGCUCUGUGCUCUGCUCCGGUACCACAGAAACAUCUCCCUGUUCAUUUCCAUUUCAUAACGCUGCUCUAUAUCUAUGUCCCUAAUGACACCCUAUUCCCUAAAUUGUGUACUACUUUUGACCUGGGCCCAUAGGGUCUGGUCAAAAGUAGUGCACUAGGAAUGUAAUAGUGUGCCAUUUGGGAUGCACAUAUAUGGGCCGUGGUCAAAUAUAGUGCACUAUAUAGGGAAUAGGUUGCCAUUUGGGACGUAGGCUAUGUCUGAAGGGCAGAGCACAGUCUCUAGUGGCUCUGUCCUGCCGUUUUCUUGUUCUUCAAAUAAACGUCUUUGUUUUGUUAAUUCUCUAACACAAUCUGUACUCUCUACUCAAGUUACACAGGCUGGUUGACCUAGGGGCCUAUCGUUAUUGUUUUGUUUAUCCAGAAGUUCAUGUCUUGGAACAGGACACCGACGCAUAAUUCAUGUUGUGUAUUGUUUGGCAAACUGUCUAUGGAGCUUGUUUGAGAAAUGGCCCUAAUUUUCCUUGAAAGCAUAUGGUGGGUUCCAUACAAAUGUAUUAGUUCAAGUUGGUAGUACUAAGUGAUUAAGCACAACACAGCAUCUUUGUUUUGUCGCUGUUCCUCAACUUACCAUCAUAGCCAUGGUAACAACCCACAUAGAUUUGAUACACUAUGAAGUCAUUGCGAGGGCUUAUACUUGCUUCUUACAUGCAACUACUGAAGCACAUGUUGUGACUAAUAAGCAGCCGAUGACCACAAAGCGGAACUACUUGGCCUAUAUGUGUUCCAUAUUCCUCUAUACGUAUGAAUAGUAGCAUACUCUAUACACUGUGACGUGUCAUGACCACAAACAUGUCAUGUGCAAUCAGGGGAUUACUUUAGACAAGCAAUGUACGCAAAUCCGGGUAAAACAACAUGCAUAUGGAUAGUUGCAGACUGUUUACACUGUGACUGCAAACACAUACACCUGUUCUGUCAGCUUUUGAUAUCACAAAUGCAAAUCCGUAGAAAAACAACCAUACAUUUGCAUUGUGUUCUGUUUGUCUCCAGCGAGUCUCGUUGCUAUGUACGUUGCUAUGUGAGCAGCCUUUUGCAUUCGUAGUCUAUCCCAUUUCUCUCAAGUCUUUUAAUCUUUGCCUCUGAUGGAAAAAAAUUACGGUAGCGUUAAAUAACCCUAGAGGCCAGAAUUCUGUGACCAGGAGAAAUGCUGAAUCCCUGCUAUUCUCUCUGUGUUAUCUCAAUGUAGCCUGCUAUUCUCUCUGUUAUCUCAAUAUAGCCUGCUAUUCUCUCUGUUAUUUCAAUAUAGCCUGCUAUUCUCUCUGUUAUCUCAAUGUAGCCUGCUAUUCUCUCUGUUAUCUCAAUGUAGCCUGCUAUUCUCUCUGUUAUCUCAAUGUAGCCUGCUAUUCUCUCUGUUAUCUCAAUGUAGCAUGCUAUUCUCUCUCAGUUCUCUCAGUAGCACCCGUCUCUGUUUUAAACCUCUCUCUGAUGUGUGUUUGUCCCUCAGUGCCGAUGACGGGCUUCACCCAGAGGGCCACCAUAGACCCAGAGCUGAAUGAGAUCCACGUCCUGUCUGGCCUCAGCAAGGACAAGGACAAACGAGAGGAGAACGUCCGUAACUCCUUUUGGAUCUACGAUAUCGCACGCAACAACUGGUACGAAACACACACGGUCUUGUAUAACUAACCUUGUGGGGACACACAAUUCAGUCCCAUUCAAAAUAUUUUCCCUAGCCCUAAAACUAACCCUAGCUCCUAACCCUAAUUAUAACCUUAACCCUAAACCCCCUAGAAAUAGCAUUUGACCUUGUGGGGACAAAAUGUCCCCAGUUGGUAAAAUAAAUAAUGGUUUACUAUUCUUGUGGAGACUUCUGGUCCCCACAAAUAUAGUUGAACACACCCACACACCGUAAGACACUGAUACAAUCAUCAACCAGUAGCAUCAUAUUUCAAAGUCUUUCCUGACCUCCUGAAAGUGAGUUUCAUAAUCUCUGCCCUUCAAAAGAGAACUAAAUGUUCUUUCAGAGCGUGUGUGUGUCUGUCCGUGUGUGUGUUGUACCUCUGCAUCUUCAUAGAGAAAGUCUUUGUUCUGGACUAGCUCAUUUGGUCAGUUGAAACAGUGCUUGUGAGAGAACAAGCUGUCAGUGCUGCCUGCCGCUGGUUCCGGUACACUGCUUUCUCUAGCCGUUCUUUUGACUGAGUGUCCAGUAAAUUAAGUCAAUGUGUGUGUGUUUCUGCGUAGGAGGCUGUCUACAAGUGUGUUCCAAUAUUUGCUUCGGGGUGUGUGGGCGUGUUUCCUUUUUAAGGUAUAGAAACACAAUGGGUGUUGUUCCUCUUCAGGGUUAAGGCUAUGUGCGUACUAACUGUUGUACUGUGUGUGUGUGUGUGUGUGUGUGUGUGUGUGUGUGUGUGUGCGCGCGCUGCAGGUCGUGUGUGUAUAAGAAUGACCAGGCGGUGAAGGAGAACCCCAGUAAGGCUCUGCAAGAGGAGGAGCCCUGUCCACGCUUCGCCCACCAGCUGGUCUAUGACGAAAUGCACAAGGUCACACACAGACACACUUUAAUUGUUUUAAUAACAUCUAUUUUUCAAGAGAGACCUGAACCAAGACCGCAGCAUCAACACAUCAGUUUCAGACAGACACAUGACAUCAACCAGACUAAGAUACAUCAAUAUAACAAGCAGCAUGUCAGUGACGAACAUGGAUACACACACACUUCUACAAAAUGCUAUAAGCAUAAGGGCACAAAAGUCUAUUAAAUACUGUUUCAGGAUAUCAUUAUGAUCUGAGAUCUUCAUAGGCACCAGUUACAGUUUUGAGGGUAUGGAUGGAGGUGCUAAUAUAUCCAUUGUCAUUUUGCCCCUCGGUGUUCAGGUGCACUACCUGUUUGGAGGUAACCCAGGGAAGUCGUGCUCUCCUAAGAUGCGUCUGGAUGACUUCUGGUCCCUCAAGCUGUGUCGCCCCUCUAAGGAGUACCUGCUCCGACACUGCAGAUACCUAAUCAGGAAGUACAGGUACACAACCAGAGAAUGGACUAUACACCUGUAAAUGAACCGUAACCUCUCUGUACCAUAUAGCAAAACGGUGGAAACAAAUGUAUAGGAGAUAUGACUUCACAAUUUGAGUUUCGGGUUCUGCUUUGACACUGAUGCCACCUAGUGGCCAUGUCUUGCCAUUGUAGGGAAGGGUUUUUUCCUCGCUCAUUUUGCAGUCUUUGCAGGGAUCUUUUCACAUUGUGUGGUACAGAGUUUCUAUAGGUUAGACUAAACGAUUUCCUUAAGCUCUCUAUAGGUAUUCCUGAAGAUCUGUCGUGUAGCUUCGUGUGUUGUUUCUCAUGGUGUGUGUGUUUAGGUUUGAGGAGAAGGCCCAGUCAGAGCCUCUGAAUGCUCUGAAGUACCUGCAGAACGACCUCUCUCUGACCGUGGACCACACCAACCCUGACGAGACCAAAGAGGUGAGGGGGGGACUGAUGGAGAGACGGGGGAGAGGGGUACUUGCACAUUGUGCAGUGUUAUUUAUUAAACUGUGCAUUUAGAUCAAAUAAACGUAUGAAAUGGUUUGGUAAUGUAACAGUCAAAGCCUGUGUUUUGAUGUUCAUGUUUUGAUAUUAUUACCAUAGUAACUCAGGGGUGAAAUAGCAGUGUAUUUGUUGGCAGUGUUGCGUUAGUGUUCAGUGACAGAUGUUGUGUUGCGAUGUGACUGUUCAGUUCCAGCUCCUGCCCUCGGCUCUCUUCAAGUCCAGCUCUGACUUCAUCCCUCUGGGUAAGAGCCUGCUGCGUUGUCCCCAUACUUCACUGGACACACAGUCGGAAUGAUUUAUUCUUGCCCGCUUUUUCCCCCUCCAGCCAUUCUUUCUGACAUACUAUAAUUUUGGUCCUCCCACAUGGCCUUUUGAGCACGGAUGUAACCUUUAUGAGCUCAUAUGACUUCCUGUGGAGAUUGAGCAAUUGAAGUAUUUUCUCCCUUCACGUUCUCUCUCUUGUCCCUCCUCUUUCCCUCUCUCUUUAUUACUUUCCAUCUCUCUUCCCCUGUCCCUCUUCUUUCUUCCCUUACCUGGCUUUCACUCUCUUCCUCCCUCGCUCAUCUCUCCCCCUCUCCCUCCUUCUCACAGGUUUCUCAGACGUGGACCAGACGUAUGCCCAGCGCACGCAGCUCUUCGACACGCUCGUCAACUUCUUCCCGGACAGCAUGACCCCGCCCAAGGGUAACCUCGUUGACCUCAUCACACUC